ACUCUGCCCUUUCCGAUGGCUGCAGCACCCGCCAACACCAACGAGGAGAGCUCGUGGUUCACGUCGCUCGUGCGCGCCGGCCUCAUCUGGUACGGCGUCAACAAGGUCACGUCCGUGCUCUGGGGCAGCGCCGAUGCGCCGACGACGACGUCACCCGCGCCCGUGACAGGGCCGUCCAUUGGCUUCCAAGCGCCGCCGCCCUCGAGCAUCCAGGCCUUUGACACGACGCUCAACCCGUUCGCCAAGUUUUCGCCGCUCACGCCGACCAACGAGCCGCUGCCGGGGCACCGCAACACGUUUGCGUACGGUGUCUUGACCAACAUCCAAGUGUAUGCGACGCCGUCGCCGACGUUCUCGUUUGACGACGACGACGCGUCGCUGGUCUGGGACCUCCCGUCGGUCCAUUACGGCUUCCUCGAGGUGCCCAUCGAGCACAAGCGCCAUCUCAACUGGACCAUGACGCCGUACUUGCUCAACAAUGGCACGCUGCACGCGCACGUCUUCUUCACCAAGGCCGGCUACUCGCCCAACCCCGCCGACGAGAACUACGACGAGCUCGCGACCGUCUACAAGCGCAUUGAAAUGAACACGUACCGUCCGCGGGCCAAGGUGACCAAGCAGCGCAACCUGUGGCAGGCCGACGAAGCCGCCGAGAACGACCAGGAAAUGAUGGCGGUCGUUGAAGAAGACACGACUUAUGUCUCGCAUUGGAAGCCGACCUUGACGAUCCACGUGCUCGUCGACCACUCGGUGUACGCGCGCGGGCAGCCGCCGCAGCCGUUCGUGGCGCCGUACCUCCAAGUCGACCCGAUUUCGGGCAACUACCUCCCGGUGCUGCACCUCAACGAGUUCUGGCUCCUCGACGAGCAGCUCUUGCCGAUCAACGGCUCUGUCUCGAGCCUGCCGCUCGAGGUCGAGUUUGCGGCCAUUGGCAUGACGAAAUUUGCGCUCUACCAUCAGAUGGACCAGUCGUUCAAGAUGCAGCAGAGCAUGGGCACAAGCUCGAAGCGGGACACGGAUGCGAUGAAGAAGAUGUUCAUCGACACCAACCCGUACCUCCUCGCGGUCACAUUCGUCGUGUCGAUCUUGCACACGGUCUUUGACAUGCUCGCGUUCAAGAACGACGUGAGCUUUUGGAAGUCGCAAAAGUCGCUCGAGGGCCUCAGUCUCCGCACCGUCGUCCUCAACGCGUUUUUCCACCUCGUCAUCUUCCUCUACCUUGUCGACAAUGACACAUCCUGGAUGAUCCUCUUCAGCUCGGGCCUCGGCGUCGUCUUGGAUUUUUGGAAGAUCAAAAAAGCCAUCAAGAUCAGCCGCGAUGAGAACGGCAAGCUCGUCUUUGCCGGCGAAGACAACUACGUGUCGUCGUCGACCGCCGAGCACGACCGCGUCGCCGUCGCGCAUGUCUCGUACAUCAUGUACCCACUCCUGGUCGGCUACUCGCUCUACAAGCUCAUUUACGCCGAGCACAAGGGCUGGUACUCGUGGGUCCUCUCGAGCCUCACGAGCUUCGUCUACGCCUUUGGCUUUAUCAUGAUGACGCCGCAAUUGUACAUCAACUACAAGCUCAAGUCGGUCGCGCACCUUCCGUGGCGCGCGAUGGUCUACAAGUCGCUCAACACGUUCAUCGACGACCUCUUCGCCUUUGUGAUCACGAUGCCGAUCAUGCACCGCCUCGCGUGCUUCCGCGACGACAUCAUCUUCUUCGUGUACCUCUACCAGCGCUGGAUCUACCGCGUCGACAAGUCGCGCGUCAACGAGUUUGGCCAAGGCGGGGACGAGCCAACGACGACGACGACGACGGAAGCGCCAAUGGCGACGAUUCAAGACCGUCCGACGGAAGAAGAAAGCACGACCACCCAACGCCGGUCCAAGACCGACCGUGUGCCGCAGUAGACAUGUGCAUCGUUUUGUGAUUUUCAAGCAGCUUACCGCUUCCCUUUUGUC